UAAUUAGGAGCCAUUUCUCCACUUGACUGAUUACACUAAAUUAUGAAAACGUUCUUGAUUUUUUUACUAAUUGAAACGUCAAUUUAGCUAUUCCACUCUCGCCCUAUAAUUUCCCAUUCGCUCAUGCGUGUUUCAGAAACAUCAAGCCGUUUAAUUUUGUUUCGCAGUCCGGCCAUGACGCCUAGCAUGAGCUGGUGGUGGUGGAGAGGUGCGGCGCUGAAGAGUGAGGAUGAGCAGGUCGCCGAGCGGUCGCCCUUCCAGAGCGUCGCGCUCGUCGUCGACUCCACCGGCAUCGUGGGCACCUCCCUGGUCGACAUGCUCCCGCUCCCGGACACGCCAGGCGGGCCGUGGAAGGUCUACGCUCUCUCCCGCCGGCCUCUCCCGCCCUGGUCCCCGCCGCCGCGGGCCUCCGUCACCCACCUCCACCUCGACCUCGCCGACCCCGGCGCCGUCGCCGAGGCCCUCGCGCCCCUGAGCGAUGUCACCCACGUCUUCUACGCCGCCUGGUCCCCGCGCGCCACCGAGGCGCGGAACCUGGACGUGAACUCCGCCAUGCUCCGCAACGUCCUCUCCGUCGUCGUCCCCAACUGCCCCGCCCUUGCCCACGUCUCCCUCCAGACCGGGACGAUGCACUACAUGGGCCCGCCGGAGGCCUUCGGCCGGACCACGGCGCUGGACCCUCCCUACACCGAGGACAUGCCGCGGCUCGACUGGCCCAACUUGUACUACGGCCAGGAGGACCUGCUCUUCGACGCCGUCGCCCGGCGCGGCGACGGCGACGGCGAGGGCGGCGCCAUCAGCUGGUCCGUGCACCGUCCCAACCUCAUCUUCGGCUUCUCCCCCCGGAGCGCCAUGAACAUCGUCUGCAGCCUCUGCGUGUACGCCGCCAUCUGCCGCAAGGACGGCGUUCCGCUACGGUGGCCGGGAUCCCUUGGCACCUGGGAGGGGUUCAGCAGCGCGUCCGACGCAGACCUCAUCGCCCAGCAGCAGAUCUGGGCAGCCGUCGAUCCCGUGGCCAAGAACGAGGCCUUCAACUGCAGCAACGGGGACGUCUACAAGUGGAGGCAGCUGUGGCCGAUACUAGCUGGCCGUUUUGGGUUGGAGUGGGUAGGUUACGAGGGGGAAGAGAACCGGGUGAAGGCCUCGGAGGCCAUGGCUGGGAAGGAGGCCGUGUGGGCGGAGAUCGUCGAGGAGAACCAGCUCGUGCCGACGCAGCUCCACGAGGUCGCUAAUUGGUGGUUUGUCGAUGCCCUGUUCAGUGUCCAAGUGGAGUUUCUGGACAGCAUGAACAAGAGCAAGGAAUACGGCUUCCUUGGUUUCCGGAACACCGCCAAAUCAUUCAACUCAUGGAUUGACAGGAUGAGAGCUUACAAAAUUGUUCCCUGAUUGAUGCAUGCUUUCGUUUAGCUUCCACGUUGUCGAUACUCGAUCGGCGUCUCCUUCAUGGUGCACGCCUUUUGAUUGUUGUUAAUAAUGACCAUGGUCAUAUUAUUCAGGUUUCCUCUUGGAUCCAGUUUAUUGAUCUCUUUACUUCC